GGAACUACCACUAUGUUCGCUGGCCUCAUCCGUAGACAAGCCCUUCUCACGACUUUGCGUCCGUCACGGGGCUCGUUCUUUUCCACGACCGCACGCAUCUUGGCCGACGACAAGCGUCUCCUCAUCAGACUCAAGAAAGUGGGCCCGAAUUUCCCCAAGGAGGAACUGCAGGCAGCGUUCGAUGCGUACGGUCCCAACACCUUAGACCUCCUCCCGGCGCGCAAGACGCCUCCGCCGUUUGCAUUCGUGAGCUUCGAAAAGUCUGCAGACGCUGCGUCUGCCGCGGCCUCCGCAUCAUUGAAGGAAAAAUUCGCUGUCGAAUACUCCCGGGACAUCGUGCCCAGGGCUAAGAAAGCUUGAUACGUCGUCGUUUAUAGCCGGUCUGCAGAAUUCCCCCCAAAACAUCACGACGUUCAGCUUCCCUGACACGUUUCGCAUUGGACCGCCCGACCCUGAUUUGCACUCUCUCUAUCUAGAACGCACUACUUACACUCUCCCCACCAUUGCAUGAUUUUAUGUUUCCCGUCCGAACUGAACGCCAAGCCAGCCAGCAUGAGCUUGCCCUU